AUGUCUUACGCAUUCUUGGCUGGAUCCCUCGUUCGCCAUGCCUUGUGCCAUCCCGCGGAUUUCUACUCCAGUGUCGCGCCCACGGUCAAUGAACUGAGCUUCGGCCUGUUGGGCUCUUCUUUCAAGCCGCAGCGGGAUAUAGGCGAUCUUUCUGGAAAGGUCGUCUUCAUUACUGGUGGAAAUGCCGGCCUUGGAAAAGAAACAGUCCUCCAGCUUGCCCUCCAUCGCCCGUCUCGCAUCUACCUGGCCGCUCGGACCGAGAGCAAAGCGCGCGACGCCAUUGCCUCGAUCCAGGAGAUCCUUCCGGAGCCCGUCGACAUCCGACAUAUACUGCUCGACCUAUCCUCUUUCCAGUCCAUUCGCGCAGCGGCCGAGAAAUUCACCGCGGACUGCGAUCGCCUCGACCUGUUGAUCCUGAAUGCCGGCAUCAUGGCCACGCCCCCAGGCGUCACGAAAGAGGGGUUUGAGAUCCAAUUCGGAACCAACCACAUUGGACACUUCUUGCUCACCAAACUAUUGCUUCCCACGCUACAAAAGACCCGCGCCAGUGCCGUUCCUGCGCCCGACGUCCGGGUCGUGACGGUCAGCUCCGUCGCCCAUAACGUCUCCCCAUCUUACGAGGUGAUGACCUCCACGGAGGCCCUGCAGGCCACGGGGCCGUUUCACCGGUACGGCGCUUCCAAGGCUGCCAACGUCUUGUUUGCGACCGAACUCGCUCGUCGCUAUCCGGACAUUCUCUCUGUUUCUGUCCACCCGGGAGUGGUGUCGAGCGACCUGUACAUCCACUCCAAAGAAGCGGGCGGGUUUACUAACAUCGGUGCUCGCCUCACCUUGAUGAUAUCCCGGGGAAUACGCACCGGGGCGAUGAACCAACUCUGGGCCGCCGCGUCGAAGAGAGAGUCGUUAACUAACGGGGCGUAUUAUGUUCCUAUCGGAGUUCGCGGGUCGAGCAAGCAUGCGGACGACGUGGAGAUGGGUCGGAAGCUAUGGGAAUGGACCGAAGCCCAAAUCGCGGAGGUUGCCCAAUACCCCCUUCCCCCCUUACCCUUUCCCUCUCAAGGCAUCUGGAACCACGACUCCGAUCGGUUGCAACGAGCAGGCAAGGGCACUCCCCGCCGCAAGGUCAAGAAGGUCCACAAGUCGUCCGGCGCCGACGACAAGAAGCUCCAGGCUACCCUCAAGAAGAUGAACGUGCAGCCCAUCCAGGCCAUCGAGGAGGUCAACAUGUUCAAGGAGGACGGAAACGUCAUCCACUUCGGUGCCCCCAAGGUCCACGCCUCCGUCCCCUCCAACACCUUCGCCCUGUACGGCAACGGCGAGGAGAAGGAGCUCACCGAGCUGGUCCCCGGUAUCCUGAACCAGCUGGGCCCCGACAGCCUGGCCUCCCUGCGCAAGCUGGCCGAGAGCUACCAGAACAUGCAGAAGAACCAGGCCGGCGUUGAGGGCAAGAAGGACGACGAAGAGGAUGAUAUCCCCGAUCUGGUUGAGGGCGAGAACUUCGAGAGCAAUGUCGAGUAA